AUGUCCUCCCACAAGGACAAAGAGGCAAUCCCCAACGCCACCUACGAUUGGGACAACUACGCUCACUACCGGCCGAGAUAUCCCCCAGCAACCACAAAACUCAUCAUGGACUACCACCGCGCGCAUUCCAACUCGCUCCGUCUCGCCCACGACAUAGGCUCCGGUUCUGGAGUCUACGUCCCAACCCUCUCCGAGUAUUUCCAACAUGUGCACGUCUCGGACCCAAACGUUGAAAACCUCUCUCAAGCCCGACAGAGGCUAGAUAAGUGGUACGCGGAGAACUGGUGGAAAGCCAAGUUCACAUUCAGCCAGACGACCGCGGAGCAAGCGAACGAAUGCGUAGCAAAUGGGAGUGUAGAUCUCUGCACGCUCAUGAUGUCCGCGCACUGGACAGAAGGCAACGGGGAGAAGUUCGUGGCGGCGGUGGCGGAGAGUCUGGCGCCGAAUGGGACGUUGGCGGUGGUGCAGUAUAAUCCCUGCCCGCGAGUGGUGGGGAAUGAGAGGGCGGCGGAGGCGGUGAGGGAGUUGUAUACGACGUAUGGAAGGGUGAUAAGGGAGAAGAUCCCCUGGGCGAGGGGCUUGGUGGAGAAGAAUAAUUCUCCGCUGGAUUGGGUGGAUUUGCCGGAAGGGGUGUUUAUUCAGGGUGUUACGAAACGGGUUAAGAUUAAUGCGUAUAGUCGGGAGAGUGAUGAGCUUUUUUGCAUUCCUGGGCAGGAGGAUUUGUGGGCGGAGAGUAGAGUAGGGAAGGAGCAGAGGAAGUAUUGGUACGAUGAGGGAAGGGAUAAGGAGGCUGAGGGUUGGAGGAUGGAGGUGGGAAAGGAGUGGUUUCGGGGGAGUUUGGAGAGUUUGAGGCAGGGGGAGUUUAUGGAGGAGUAUGAGCAAGUGUUGAUGGAGGUGGAGAGGGUUAUUAGGGAGACGACUGAGGAUGGGAGGGUGGUGGUGGAGUGGGCUGUUGCGAUACUAGUUGCUACAAAGAAAUGA